AUGAAGUUCUCCAACGUUGCUCUGGGAGCUGCGUCCGUCGCGUCGGUCCUGGCGGCCCCCAUCGACGGCGCCAAGGAGAAGCGCGCCGGCAAGUUUGAGUUCCUGGGCGUCAACGAGAGCGGCGGCGAGUUUGGCCAAAACACGCUGCCCGGCCAGCUGGGCAAGGAGUACACAUGGCCCAACAAGACUGCCAUCGAUACCUUGAGAUCCCAGGGCCUCAACACCUUCCGUAUCGGAACGAUGAUGGAGCGUAUCAUCCCUGACAAGCUGACCGGCACAAUCAACGAGACGUACUUCUCUGGCCUCGAGGAUCUCGUCAAGGAUGUUACGUCCAAGGGCUCCUACGCCGUCAUCGACCCGCACAACUACGGGCGGUACUACGGCAACAUCAUCACCAGCUCGGCCGACUUUGGCGCCUGGUGGAAGACGGUGGCCGCCCGUUUCAAGGACAACGAGAAGGUCAUCUUCGACACCAACAACGAGUACCACGACAUGGAGAACUCGCUUGUCAAGGACCUGAACCAGGCAGCCAUCGACAACAUUCGGGCCGCGGGCGCCACGAAGCAGAAGAUCUGGAUCGAGGGCAACUCUUACUCGGGAGCCUGGCACUGGAUCGAGAGCGGCUCCGGCGACGCGCUCAAGGAUCUCACGGACCCUGCGGAUGCCACCGGCAAGCUCCUCUACUACGAGAUGCACCAGUACCUCGACACGGACGGAUCCGGCACCAACGAGGCGUGCGUCAGCAGCACGAUCGGCGCGGAGCGCCUCGCGGUCGCGACCAAGUGGCUCAAGGACAACAACAAGCAGGGCGUGCUCGGGGAGAUCGGGGCGGGCGCCAACGAGCAGUGCCAGACGGCCGUUAAAGGCGCCCUCCAGCACCUCGCCGACAACUCGGAGCAGUGGAAGGGAGCGCUUUGGUGGGCGGCGGGACCUUGGUGGGCGGACUACAUGUACAGCAUGGAGCCUACAACUGGAAAGGCGUACACGGCAUACCUCCCGACGCUCAAGACGUUUGCUUGA